CCAAAAUGCACUAAAAUUCGAACCACAAAUUGUUGCAUCUACUAAUAAAAGAGGAUUACGCAGAGCAGAGCAGAUUCAGCAACGGUCACCUCAACUAACUAUGCUUACCGCUGGAGUAGCAGCGUCAUCGCCACGCUUCUGCGCGAUGUCGAAUCGUCAAUCUCUGCCAUUAUUAGCUUCUAGCAGAGCUUCAUUUUUAUCGCCAUUGUUAGGGUUACGGUUUCAUUCUCCGAAUUUGAACUCAAUUAUCGCUCAGAAAACGCAACGGCUUUCUACAAGAGCUGCGAAAACAGAAUCCGAGGGAGUUCCUUUAGGGUUUCGAGCACCUGAUUUUCAGCUGCUGGAGCCAUUAACGGGGAAGAUAUGGACAUUGCAAGAUUUUGAAGUGUAUCCCGCUUUAUUGGUUAUGUUUAUCUGCAAUCACUGCCCAUUUGUCAUACAUUUGAAGAAGGAUUUCGUGAAGCUUUCAAAUUUCUAUAUGAAGAAGGGACUUGCAGUUGUUGCAAUAUCUUCCAAUUCUGUGGUUACUCAUCCACAGGAUGGACCAGAAUUCAUGGCAGAAGAGGCUAAAGUAUAUGGUUAUCCAUUUCCUUAUCUGUAUGAUGAGUCUCAAGAUGUUGCGCGUGAUUUUGAAGCAGUUUGCACGCCAGAGUUCUUCUUGUUUAAAAAGAAUUUGAAUUUGGGACAGGACGGACGGAGGCCAUUUGAGCUUGUCUACCAUGGACAGUUUGAUGACUCCAGGCCACGUAAUAACGUGGCCAUUACUGGAAGGGAUUUGAGUAUGGCAAUUGACUCUGUUCUCAGUGGUCAACCUGUUAAUCCUGUUCAAAAACCCAGUGUUGGAUGUAGCAUCAAGUGGGAUCCCUAGGUGAAGCAAUAACCUGAUUGGCUUUUUAUUCUCUCUAGAACUCAGAAAUGAUAGUAUGCAGCCAUAACUUUUGCUUCAGAGAUGGUUGGCAAGUGAUGCAACUAUUUUUAUUUCUGGCUGCAUCUUGUGGAUCUAUUGAGGUUAUAAUAGUUGUAAAAUAUGAUAUCCCAGACACAAUUUUCUCAUAGGGUUACCACCUUUUAGAUAUGUUUGAAGUUUAAACUUUAUCUAAUUCGGAUUUAUAUAACUACUUAAUACAUUGUGAUGUUGUCUAUAUAAUGCUAAAUGGAGAUGCCAUCGAGUGUACA